GGCGAAGGAGGGCACCAGUUACAGGCGUUACAGCCGGUGAUAGCCGGUGUUUUACCUUCUCGAAGGAGCGUUUGCCGUGACAAAAUCUGGCGGGGCACCGCUGUUGUCGCUGUUAUUUCGCCGGUACGGACACAACAUCUUCCAUCGGAUCCAACGUCAGUUUCGUCAUAGUUCGGUGGCACUUGCCGAAGACGUUAUAGGUAGCACACGUCCACGCUGUCACACGAAACACGAAAUCAGGGACGACAGUCAAGCGUUGAGAACCGGCUAGCUUCACCUCCAACGGCAGCAUGAUCGUUGUGAGCAACAGGUUGCCGUUUGUGCUCAAGAGGAACGAGACGACCGGCCAGCUGGAGCGCAAGGCCAGCGCCGGUGGUCUGGUAACCGCGGUAGCACCCGUAGUUAUAAGCGGAAAGGGAAUCUGGGUAGGAUGGCCGGGUAUGCACAUGGAAAACCCGAACGAGCCGAUUCCCGAAUCGAAUCCCAACGAUCGCACGCCCACGGCUGGUCUGCUAUCACGAAAGGUUGUCGCGGUACACGUUGAUCCUAGUAUCUUCGAUUCUUACUACAAUGGAUGCUGCAAUGGGACCUUCUGGCCCCUCUUCCAUUCAAUGCCAGAUCGAGCGACAUUCAUUGCGGAUCACUGGCGCGCGUAUUCCGCGGUCAAUGAACAGUUCGCCGCGAAGACAGUCGACGCCUUGGAACAAAUCCACAAGGAACAAGAAAACCAACAGAAUGGUACACCGUUGGUAUGGGUUCACGAUUAUCAUCUGAUGUUGGCCGCUAAUUGGAUCAGACAGGCGGCCGAGGAGAAGAAUCUCAGGCUUAAAUUAGGCUUCUUCCUUCACAUACCCUUCCCGCCAUGGGACAUUUUCAGACUAUUCCCAUGGGCUGAUGAGAUUCUGCAGGGUAUGCUAGGAUGCGACAUGGUGGGUUUCCACAUUCAGGAUUACUGUCUGAACUUCGUCGAUUGUUGCCAGAGGAGUCUCGGCUGCAGAGUGGACCGUAAGAAUCUGUUGGUCGAACACGGCGGUAGAACUGUACGGGUAAGACCGCUGCCGAUUGGUAUACCGUUCGACAGGUUCGUCUCGUUGGCGGAAACCGCGACAAAAGUCAUGCAUUCGAAUCAGAAGAUCGUCCUCGGCGUCGACCGGCUAGAUUACACGAAGGGCCUCGUUAACAGACUAAAAGCCUUCGAGAUGCUGCUCGAGAAACAUCCCGAGCAUCGCGAACAGGUGACGAUGCUUCAAAUCGCAGUACCCUCGCGCACUGACGUCCGCGAGUAUCAGGACCUGAAGCUCGAGAUGGAUCAGCUGAUCGGUUGCAUAAACGGUCGCUUCACGACGCCCAACUGGUCGCCCAUACGUUACAUUUACGGCUGCGUGAGCCAGGAUGAGCUGGCGGCGUUCUACAGGGACGCCGCCGUCGCUCUCGUUACACCGCUCCGGGAUGGCAUGAAUUUGGUCGCCAAGGAAUUUGUUGCCUGUCAAAUCAAUACACCGCCAGGAGUGUUGAUAGUAUCGCCGUUCGCUGGGGCUGGCGAAAUGAUGCACGAAGCCCUGAUUUGCAAUCCUUAUGAGAUCGACGAGGCCGCGGAAGUGAUUCACAGGGCGCUCACCAUGCCCGAGGACGAACGCACUUUGAGAAUGAAUCAUUUACGACGACGUGAGAGGAUAUACGACGUUAACUAUUGGAUGAAGUCAUUUCUUCAGGUGAUGGGAUCUCUCGAGGAGCACGAUUCCGUGGGCGCUACAACGAUGCAGCCUGUUACCAUGGAUGAUUUCGAUGAUUAUUUGAGCAAGUACAUCGGCGAUAAUCAUAAAUUGGCGCUUUUAUUGGAUUACGACGGUACGUUGGCGCCCAUCGCCACGCAUCCUGACUUAGCGAUUCUGCCGCUCGAGACAAAGAACGUCUUACAGAGGCUGUCGAACAUGUCGGACGUUUACAUCGCAAUUAUAUCGGGUCGAAAUGUAAAUAAUGUGAAAUCGAUGGUCGGGAUAGAAGGUAUCACGUACGCCGGAAAUCACGGAUUGGAGAUUCUACAUCCGGACGGCAGCAAGUUCGUCCAUCCUAUGCCCGCCGAGCUAGAGGACAAAGUAGCCAGUUUGAUGCAAACGCUCCAGGAACAGCUUUGCAGGGACGGUGCUUGGGUCGAGAAUAAAGGUGCACUUCUCACGUUCCACUAUCGUGAAACUCCGAUGGAGGGUCGUCAGAAGAUGGUCGACCAGGCUAAAAGACUUAUCGAGAGCGCGGGAUUCAAGGCCUGUGCCGCGCAUUGCGCCAUCGAGGCGAAACCGCCGGUCGAAUGGAACAAAGGCCGUGCUUCUAUCUACAUUCUGCGCACGGCAUUUGGUUUAGAUUGGAGCGAGCGUAUCAGGAUUAUAUACGCUGGUGACGAUGUCACCGACGAGGACGCGAUGCAGGCAUUGAAAGGUAUGGCCGCUACUUUCCGCGUGGCAUCGUCGGAUAUCAUUCGCACAUCCGCGGAGAGACGUUUACCUAGCACGGAUUCGGUUCUGACGAUGUUGAAAUGGGUCGAGAGACACCUCAGCAGACGCAAGCCGCGGAACAGCAUUGACAUCCCGGGUAUUCCGUCGAGAUUUCGACGCGGCAGCGGCGGUAUCACGAUGGAGAUGUCUUACACCCCACCAAAAACACCUCUCGAAUCAUAGGUGAUGCUCAAAUGUUAGCAUAUCAGGUAUAUACCCGCCGCGAUAUAUAUCUAGCAUAGGAUAUUAUAACGUACUCAUAGCAUAAGUCAGUCAACACAGACGGAGGAGCAAGAGGUAACGAGGGAAAAUCUCCCGCGAGCGAUUCGAGAGUAGGUAAGAGUAUUGAAGAGAAAUUAACGAGACCUCACGCCGAAACUCUAUAUUGAGUAUAGCCAUUGAAGAGAUCUGUCACAAUCAGAAAGUUCAAAGAAAACGAGAUGUUUCUUCCUAAUUAAGAAGUGUAAUAAUGAUAUUGAUAUGGUAUACCAAUGAAGUCAUCAACCCGGAGUUUAACUAGACGAAACAAAGAAUCGUCACUCUCACGUUAACUCUCUAGCUUUUAAUGUCGAUCGAUGUAUUUCCUGGUGUAUUUUCUGAGAUUAGACCUUAGCCCACAGAAAAAGUAUCGAACUCGUACAAAGUACAGGAUGAUAUCGCGAUAAAUGUUUUCCGUGCGACUGAAGCUCCUACUUUGUCUCUGCACAACACAGAAAGAUGUGUAUAUUAUUAUAUAUAUGUCUAUAUUUUUGAUGUACGUAUUCUUACUGAAUUUAUAACUAUAUCAUGUCGACAUGUUUCUCUAUGGAGAUAUAGCAUUUAAAGUUAGUUUUUAGAUCUAUGUCGCUCAGUAAAAAGACAUUCGGCACAUAACAACGUGUAUCAGGCACAUUAUUCUCGUUAAUUGUGCUUUACCUCGUUAACGAUUUCCUUCGGUAGUAUAAAUAUGACAAGAUGAAAGAACAUAUUGUCUUAGGAUAAUCUACGAAGCAUGUUUUUCUUUGGAAAACAUCUAAUUAAUUUAUUAAUUUUUUUCUUUCUCUUUCUCCUCCUUAUUUUUUUUAGUAACAAUUAUCACGAAUUUUAGAAAUCGUAAUUAUUAGUCUUCAGAUUAACGUGACAUUAAAGUUCCUUUAUUAAUUUUUUUUUUUAAUAGAAAAAACACAUUAUUGGAUAGAUACGAAUUAUCUUUGAUAUUAAAACUAACGGAGCAAUUGGAACCAUUCUUCGUGUCUAAAGAUAGGAUUUUAAUUCACAAUAUUAGUCUACGAGAGAAUCAAAUUUCCAAGAAAUGGAGUGCCAAUUACGGUAAAAAUGAUAUUGAAAUAGUAAUGAAGAAUGAGAAUUCUGUGCUCUGCAUGUAAUUUAUAGCGAACGUGUAAAACUGUGAAAACGCAUCGUGCGAGAGAGCAAGAAAAAAAAUGCAAAAUUUAAAUAAAGUAGGUUUAAACUAGAUUUUACACUUUUUCUAGGUAGUAUAAGAUAUGUAAGGAACAAGAUGUGUAAAGGAACAAGAAGUAAAAGAAAGCUGCUGAUGGUAUUCAUACUGGCACAGUUGCUUUGGUUGUGUAUAUGAUGAUUAAUGAUAGCAAGUAAGAAACACGGCUACAUUAGGAUCUAUGCCUUCUGCGUAUCUUAAAAGAUAUGUCUCGUUGCGCAUUUCUCCGUGCCGGAUAAUACUGACUGCAAACUGGUACAAACUGGCAAUGCGCAUCCGUCUCUCGUCUCACGAGCUUAUUUCGAAUUGAGAAACUUUCUGAAAGUAACUUGGUAGUUACUUUUAUUGUUAGUUACACAAAAUGUAAUUCGAUAAGUCACAAUGGAGAGGCGAAGCGUCUUUGAAAACGUGACGAAAUUUAGCGAUUUUAAUUUAGUGAUUAAGCAAAAAUAGACAUAUAGAUUUUCGUUCCGAGACGAAAUUGUAUAUGAAAUUGUAUGAAUAAUAUAUUAUUUAUUAAAAAAUUACGUCUCGAACGCUUCAGAAAAGAUUCUUUUAAAUUAAUACCAUUUUAUUCUUGCCACGCGGCUUUGUUCUAAAAACAGACUCUUUAAAAUUUGUUUUCUUAAAACAUGACACCGCGUUUUAUUUUACAAUUACUUUCCCUUAUUUAGCGUCUCUCUCCGCUAUCUUUUUUAAUGCUCAACGUCCGGCGCGUUUCCACCUGUCACCUGCAACGCGACUUAGAAACGAACGAAUUAAAUUUCAUUUUAUUCAAUCAAUAAGUUAAUGACGUUAUUAUUACCGUUAGUAGCACAUAGAGCAAAAGAGUUUAGCGGUUGAAAGGUCAAACGUUGCGUAAUGCCUAAUAAGAGCGAUUAGCAAUUAAGUAUAUAUAUCAACUGUAUUGGUAUCUCGGAGGCUUCGUGCGUUGCGCGAGCGCAGGUCAGAUUCUAUAAUCUCGCACUUUCGCCACUGUAUUUAUUAGUCAAUUAUAAUAAUCGCCUGUCAAUAGAUAGUAGAUAAUGAGCGAGACGACUGACGAUUAUGCGGACGAGGGAGAAACGACGAUGAAGCGGCAAAUAAUAAGGAAAAUGUAAGCGUAAAGCGAAAUGUAAAUUACUGUUACAUCGAAUCUGCACCUAUCGGGAUACAUACUGCAUAACAUCAUCCUUGUUGAAAGUAAGAGUAGGAAAAAAGAUUUAUGUGUAUAUAUAUAUAACAAGAUAUGUAUAAAUAUACGCGUACGCGCGUACAGAGUCCUAUCACGUGCCCUUAAAGCAAAAAUCUCUAUCCCCUCCCCAGACGCCUUUGAAAAAAAAGAAAAGAAGAUUGAGAACAAAAAUAUUCUACAUUUUGUACGAGUACUUAGUUUUUACCUCAAUAUACACGUUACUAUUGUAGAUGUGUAUUGCAAAAAAAAUCGCGCGAGAUAGUGCAUGAGUAAACGAUUAAAACUGUUUUGCUCCCGUCAUUGUUGAGCCGACUACAAAAUACACAGCGCAGAAAUAAACGAUGUUUAUAAAUCA